GCCGAAUUAGCCUCACCUUUUACCUCCCACCAUCAUCACCCCAGCCCCUCCGUCCCCCGCCCUCCGCCUCCCGCCCCGCCUCUUCUUUCCUUUUUCCCUCCCCGCCCCUCCCCUCCGUCCCUUGCCAUGGCCGACACACAACACGGUUCCCCUUCCCCGCCACGCUCUGCGUCCCACUCCCCCGAGCCGCAGUCUCCCCCUCUCGACGGCGCGCUGCAGCUCCGUGCCCUCGUCAGCACCAAGGACGCUGGCGUCAUCAUCGGCAAGGGCGGGAAGAACGUGGCUGAACUGCGCGAGGUCACCGGCGUCAAAGCCGGCGUCAGCAAGGUCGUCCCCGGCGUUCACGAGCGUGUCCUCACUAUCAAUGGGUCUCCCGAGGGCAUUGCAAAGGCGUACCAGCACAUCAUCGCCCAGCUCGUUUCGGCCAGCGCCGGCAGCCCGGAGCUCGACGCCAGCGUCGUCGCGACCAACCCGCACACCAUGAUCCGCCUGCUGGUGUCGCACAACCUCAUGGGCACCAUCAUCGGUCGCGGAGGCCUCAAGAUCAAGGCCAUCCAGGAUGCCUCGGGUGCACGUCUCGUAGCACAAAAAGACAUGCUACCGCAGUCAACGGAGCGCGUCGUUGAGGUGCACGGCGUGCCCGACGAAAUCGGGCGCGCUAUAUACGAGAUCUCGAAAAGCUUGCUGGAGGAUUGGGAGCGCAACACUGGGACCGUGUUGUACCAUCCCCAGGCUGCAGAGGCAUCUGGAGCGGCUGCACGUCGUCCCAGCACCAAUGGCUUCUCCCCUGGUGCCCGCCGUCGUGCGAUCUCCCCAACGCCAUCUGCAGGAUCGCAGUCGACACCGAAUGCGCUCAUCCGCACGCAGAACAUAUCUAUCCCGUCGGACAUGGUCGGCUGCAUAAUCGGGCGCGGCGGCACGAAGAUCACCGAGAUCAGGCGCCUUUCUGGAUCCAAGAUCUCUAUUGCGAAGGCCCCGCACGAUGAGACCGGCGAGCGCAUGUUCACCAUCGUGGGCUCUCCGGAGGCGAACGAGAAGGCGCUGUACUUGCUCUACAACCAGCUAGAGAGUGAGAAGGAGCGUCGCGUUGGACGCGAACAGAGCCAGAACGUGGCUAUGCAGACGGAUGACGAUCAGUAGAGGCCCUCUUGUCCACGACCUCUUGUCUUGCUACCAUCCCUCCCUUCCGUACCCGAUCGUACAGUCAGUCAUCAGUCGCCUUGGCUUCGGGACCCCUCAUCCUCCCCUCUCCUCCGUUUUGAAGAAUCUUAUAGCCUUUUAUUGACCGAUUCCUCGGGUUAGUACAUAUGAUGGUCUGUCCUUCAGCUUGCCUGAAGCCCUCUUAUCGCUUAUCGUACUGCUUUCAUGUUUGGACUGCCCACCACCAACCGUACUCACGAUAUAAGUAAAAGUAUGCCUAUAUUGCUAAACACACAUACUUGGUGUCCUCUCUUGUAAGCAGCCACUGUAUUCUAACAUGUCAUUGCUGUGUCGACCUAAAGUUGCUGGCAUGCUGGAACUCGAGAUGAGUGUUGAGGGC